AUGUUUGGGGUUGGGUGGGUAUGGCUACAGAUCGGCAUUGAGGGGAGAUAUGAGCUUGGGUGGACGAUUUCUUUCUCCGGACUGAGGAAAGAUGAAGAAAGGAAUCCACCCUCAGAUGCAAUGGAUAUCCUAUGUGACCCAGAGUGGUCGAUUGAUGCCCGUUAUGAUGACCAAAAUACACCAAAAGACUGCUUACAGACCCAACUCUUUCUUAAAACCCUGCUGAAACUUGGAGAGAAAAAGAGAUCUUCUCAUCGAAUCAAGGCUGUUAUAUUUGUUGCAAUGGUUUCAUCAUCCACAUUUUCUUCAUGGACCUUCAAUGGCAGUACGCUUGCCCCCAAGACAACAAAGUAUUUUAGCAAGUUUAUUUACAAUCGUUUGAACAGCUUCUUUAACCUAAAAAAUUCUUCUAUAUCCUCAUAUACAUCUCAUGAUAUGACAUCACCUAAUGGGAAAGGGGUUGACAUGGCAUGGGGAAGUUUAUCACUCAAGAGCAGAGCCCAAUGCAGAGCACUGGAGGUUGGCAUUAGAUCUUCAUAUUCAGUGGGGAAUAAGUUUCAACUUGAAGAUGUUAUUGAGGCACAACAAUUUGAUAGAGAUGCUCUUGGUGCUAUAUUUGAAGUGGCACUUGAGAUGGAGAAGAUUGAGAAAAACUCAACUGGAAGCCAAAUGCUGAAGGGGUAUUUAAUGGCCACACUUUUUUAUGAACCGUCAACCAGAACUAGGCUUUCAUUUGAGUCUGCCAUGAAACGUUUAGGUGGGGAAGUUUUGACCACAGAAAAUGCACGUGAGUUUUCAUCUGCAGCAAAAGGAGAGACCCUUGAAGAUACUAUAAGAACAGUAGAAGGGUAUUCCGAUAUAAUUGUGAUGAGACAUUUUGAAAGUGGUGCUGCCAGAAGAGCAGCAGCAACAGCCAGCAUUCCCAUUAUUAAUGCCGGAGAUGGCCCUGGACAGCAUCCAACUCAGGCAGUUAUAUUUGUUGUGAUGGCUUCGUCAUCCACAUUUUCUUUAUGGACCUUCAAUGGCAGUGUGCUUGCCCCCAAGACAACAAAACAUUGUAGCAAGUUUGUUUGCAAUUGUUUGAACUGUUGCUUUAACCAAACAAUUUCUUCCAUAUCCUCAUGUGCAUCUCAUGACAUGAUAUCACCUAAUGGGAAAGGAGUUGACUUGGCAAGGGGAAGGAUAUCACUCAAGAGCAGAGCCCAAUGCAGCGCACUGGAGGUUGGCAUUACAUCUUCAUAUUCAGUGGGGAAUAAGUUUCAACUUGAAGAUGUUAUUGAGGCACAACAAUUUGACAGAGAUACUCUUGGUGCUAUAUUUGAAGUGGCCCUUGAGAUGGAGAAGAUUGAGAAACACUCAACUGGAAGCCAAAUACUGAAGGGCUAUCUAAUGGCCACACUUUUUUAUGAGCCAUCAACUAGAACUAGGCUUUCAUUUGAAUCUGCCAUGAAACGUUUAGGUGGGGAAGUUUUGACCACAGAAAAUGCACGUGAGUUUUCAUCUGCAGCAAAAGGAGAGACACUUGAAGAUACUAUAAGAACAGUAGAAGGGUAUUCCGAUAUAAUUGUAAUGAGACAUUUUGAAAGUGGUGCUGCCAGAAGAGCAGCAGCAACAGCCAGCAUUCCCAUUAUUAAUGCUGGAGAUGGCCCUGGACAGCAUCCAACUCAGGCUCUGUUGGAUGUGUACACUAUUAAAAGAGAGAUAGGAAAACUUGAUGGCAUCAAAGUUGGACUUGUUGGAGAUCUUGCUUAUGGAAGGACAGUCCGCUCACUUGCCUAUCUGCUUUCCAAGUAUGAGGAUGUUAAAAUCUACUUUGUGUCUCCGGAUGCGGUAAAAAUGAAGGAUGACAUAAAAGAUUAUUUGACAUCUAAGGGAGUUGAAUGGGAAGAAAGUGCUGAUCUAAUGGAAGUGGCAUCCAAAUGCGAUGUGGUUUAUCAAACCCGUAUUCAGCGAGAACGAUUUGGAGAGAGAGUUGAUCUUUAUGAAGAAGCAAGAGGCAAGUACAUUGUGGAUCGUGAUGUCCUGAGUGUAAUACAGAAACAUGCUGUGGUGAUGCAUCCUCUACCAAGGCUUGAUGAGAUAACAGCUGAUGUGGACGCGGAUCCAAGGGCUGCCUAUUUUAGGCAAGCCAAAAAUGGUCUCUAUAUUCGAAUGGCUCUUUUGAAGGUUUUACUUCUAGACGACGUCGAUCGACCGUCUGUCCCCCAACUAUUGCAAAACCCUUCGCCUGUUCUUCGUCCACAAGGGAAGAAGCUUAAGAAGAAGAAGACGGGUAUUCCGGGUACCAGGAGACUCCACCGGCGCACGUUAGAGGCUUUGCGACUCACGAAAUGUAACCGGACUGUCAUGCGAUGGAAUACGCCUACUGUCAGGGGAAUGGUCCAGCAGGUGAAAAGGUUGGUUGUUGUUGAGACAGAGGAAAUGUACAAUGCAAGGAAACAGAAAGAAGCGAGUCAUCGAGCUCUGCGCCCCCCCUUGGUCGUAAAUCAUCUACCGAUCCCUACUCCAGAAUCUUCUGCAUAA